AUGAAAAUAAUUGAGUCAGAUAUAUUCUUAUUAACGAUCAUUGGAUACUCGUGUUUAUGGACUGAGGCUCAUGAUCAUGCUUUUGAUCAUUUGCCGGAUCAAUUUUGCAACGCAAACGUGUUCGAAAAUCGGUUAUCUGAAUGCAUCCGCGAUAAAGUCACCAAAUUGCAAAAACGCUUAGGCCAAAUUGAAUGCGACUAUGGUUACGUAGAGCGUGUGACGUUCGGAAUUUCUGCCUUGCCAAGGGAGAUGGUAGCCCCCCAAAUUUAUUGGAACGUUGGCCUGUAUGAAGAAUUCUUGCGUAACAUCACCUAUAAUGUUGCUGCAACACUUUCAAAAAAUGGUAUACUAGAUAAAUUGGUAAAGAAAUCAGAAUCAUUUAGUCGAUCAAGGAAUUGCAAGCUUAAUGGCACAGAACUAAAGAGCGCUUUCUAUGAUUUUUACAUAGGUUUAAUCAAAUUUUUGUAUCCUUACCGAUGUCACGAAUAUAUUGCAAGGCGCCUAUUACACCAAUUUCAGCAUCACCAAACUGGAAAUUAUUGCUAUAAAUUGCAAUAUCAGAAUUCAAACGGUAAUGUGAUUAAUAAUGCCGACAACAGAUGCCCUGAUUUAAAGAAUACCUUGCUUUUAACAACAAACUAUGCGAAUUACUUGUUCAAUGAAUUGGAGGAGUUAAAAAAAUAUAAAAUUGGAAAAAUGUAG